ACACGCGUACAGCCCAAGAUGGCGUACGACCUCAACGAAGCCAUGGCGAAGCUGCAUUUCGACGACGAUGCCGAGAAUGGCGAUGGCACUCCCUCCUUUGAUCCCAUCGACGACAUCCUCUUCGAACGGAUCCCACCGAGCGAGCUGCGACACGGCGAAGCUACCGACCCCGAAGCGCAUCGCGUCAAACUUGAGAAGAAGUACUUGACGCCAUCCACGACUUUCUCGACAGAAUGGCUGAACCGCCUCCAGCAACGCUGGGACACACCCGUCGACCACUCCCUGCUCUUCCGCAUCGCUCCCACACAAACACGUACUGUCACUCGCUUCCAGCGUCAUGGCCUCGAGGGUCGCGUUACCGGAUAUCGCAACGUCACCGUGCCAGCCUCGCAUGCCACUGCCAAGACGAGUACAUCCAUGAUGCGAAAGCCAGCCAGCAAGUCCGAGUUUGUGCGCGGUGGGGCUGGCUUCUUUCCCUUCGCCCCAGGCGGUCUAGACGGUAUCGAGUCUGCUUCCGCAUUAGAGGAUCAAUUAAGAAAGGACGCCGCAUCAGACGAAGGAGAGAGCAAAAAGAAGCUGGAAAGGGUCAUCACUCUCGCUGAGGGUGGUUUUCUUGAAGUUGCACCAGGAUUGUCGCGCGGUAUCGACAUGAGCAAGAGAAAGAAGACAGCAGAUGCGGAGAGCGAAAAACAGGCCAAGGAAGUAGAAGAUGUUCUUGGUCAAGAGCCCGAGGACGCUCCCGACGGCGAGGGCGAGAGGGACGAGGUCAACGGUGUCAAGAGGGAAGAGAGUGAAGAUAGCCAAGACGACUUGGAAGAUAUCGACGCCAUAUUGCCUGUCGAAUUUCCUGCCCUCGAACCUCGUGGCACAUUGACCGCGUCCAGCGCUAGAAAAGCUGGUCGGGAGUGGGCACACAUGGUCGACAUUAGGCGGGAGAUACCCAACUUUAGGGAGUUGGUACCCGACAUGGCAAGGGAGUGGCCUUUCGAGCUGGAUACGUUCCAGAAGGAGGCCGUUUAUCACCUUGAAAAUGGCGAUUCGGUAUUCGUUGCGGCACACACAUCAGCCGGAAAGACGGUGGUCGCCGAGUACGCUAUCGCACUGGCUGCUAAGCACAUGACCAAAGCUAUCUACACAUCCCCUAUCAAGGCGCUGAGUAACCAAAAGUUCAGAGACUUCAGGCAGACCUUUGACGAGGUUGGUAUUUUGACCGGCGAUGUGCAGAUCAACCCCGAAGCCAGUUGCCUAAUCAUGACGACGGAAAUUCUUCGGAGUAUGCUCUACCGCGGAGCGGAUCUCAUUCGCGAUGUAGAGUUUGUCAUCUUCGACGAGGUACACUAUGUAAACGACUACGAACGUGGAGUAGUCUGGGAAGAGGUUAUCAUCAUGCUGCCUGAGCACGUUUCGCUCAUCUUGCUGUCUGCGACGGUCCCCAAUACUUACGAGUUCGCGUCUUGGGUGGGUCGGACGAAGCAAAAGGAUAUCUACGUCAUCUCGACGCCCAAGAGACCUGUUCCCUUGGAACACUACCUUUGGGCUGGCAAAAAGAUCCACAAGAUUGUAGACUCGGAGAAGAAGUUCAUCGAGACCGGCUGGAAGGAAGCCAAUCUUGCUAUACAAGGCAAGGACAAGCCGCCCAAGGCCAUCGAGGCCUCAACAGGACCAGCGCGGGGCGGUGGUAACCAAAGAGGUCGUGGGGGUGCGCAAAGGGGUGCGAACCAACCACGAGGAGGUGCGAGAGGAGGUGGCCAGCAACGUGGAAGGGGUGGCCCACCGCGUGCAAGCCACACUCCCGGACAUAUGGGCCGGACAGGGCGGCCAGGAGGCUUUACGUCUGCUGCUCAGGACAAGAACCUGUGGGUCCAUCUUGUGCAGUUCUUGAAGAAGGAUAAUUUGCUACCGGCUUGCAUCUUCGUCUUCUCCAAGAAGAGAUGUGAAGAGAACGCCGAUGCACUCAGCAACCAAGACUUUUGUACUGCGCAGGAGAAGAGCCACAUUCAUAUGAUCAUUGAAAGGUCGAUUGCUCGGUUGAAGCCCGAAGACCGAGUGUUGCCGCAGAUCAUUCGGCUGCGCGAGCUUCUGUCAAGAGGUAUUGCUGUUCAUCACGGUGGCUUGCUACCCAUUGUGAAGGAGAUGGUUGAGAUCUUGUUUGCGGAGACUCUGGUCAAGGUUCUCUUUGCCACCGAGACCUUUGCAAUGGGCUUGAACCUGCCGACCAGGACGGUCGUCUUUUCUGGCUAUAGAAAGCAUGAUGGUCACCAGUUCCGCAACCUCCUGCCUGGCGAGUACACUCAGAUGGCUGGUCGCGCUGGAAGACGUGGUCUCGAUACAGUCGGCUCUGUCAUCAUUGUACCGCCUGGCGGAGACGAGGCCCCGCCGGUUACCGAUCUCAGGCAGAUGAUCCUUGGCGAGCCGAGCAAGCUUCGUUCGCAGUUCCGUUUGACUUACAACAUGAUUCUCAAUCUUCUCCGGGUUGAAGCACUAAAGAUAGAGGAGAUGAUUAAGCGUUCCUUCUCAGAGCAUGCUACUCAGCAACUUCUUCCGGAGCAUGAAAAGGCAGUCAAGCUUUCCGAGGCUGAUCUGGCCAAAAUCAAGAGGGACUCGUGCCCUAUCUGCGACGUUCACAUGGAUGAGUGCCAUCAAGCAGGAGAGGAUUUCAAGGUAGCCACAGAGGAGCUUUAUCGCGCUCUACUGGCCAUUCCGGUCGGGCGUAAGCUGUUCACACCUGGUCGACUUAUCGUUUAUAUGAAGGAGGGCGUCAGGACCCCCGGAAUCCUGCUUGCCGAAGGACCAAGCAAGGCGGGCACCGCUGCUAACCCGACACUGCAUGUUCUUGAGAUCAAGACCGGCAGGGACCUUCGCAACGAUACCGAUCUCCUGCCAUUCACCCCGACUCUGGCCAAAUGGUUCACUCCCUUGCCGGCACACAAGAAAAACAUCUACACCAAGACCGUUCACAUCCCUCUCAGCGACGUCGUUUGUCUCACUAAGCAUAUCACCAAGAACAUUGUUCCCGAACUUUUUGAAGGUGGCGAUGGUUACACCAAAGCGAAGGAAGCACUCCACCAGAUUUGUAAAUCCUGGUCCGCGCCCAUCUGGGACGAGAUGGACCUCAGCCGCAUCAAAUCCCUCUCCAUCCACGAGAUCAUCACGCGCCGGCGCGACGCCGAAGUCAAGUGCACAAAGUCCCCCGCCGUCGACUGCGAUCUCUUCCUCAAGCACUACGCCAUGUGCCACGACCAGUGGCUGAUCAAGACCAAGAUCGACGAGCUGCGCCAGUCUCUCUCCAACCAAAACCUACAGCUCCUCCCGGACUACGAGCAGCGCAUCCAAGUCCUCAAGGACCUCUCCUUCAUCGACGACGCCAGCCGCAUUCAGCUCAAGGGCAAAGUCGCCUGCGAGAUCCACUCGGGCGACGAGCUCGUUCUCACAGAGUUAAUCCUCGAAAACGUCCUCGCCGAUUACGAGCCCGCUGAGAUCGCCGCUUUGCUCUCCGCCUUUGUCUUCCAGGAGAAGACAGACAUGGUCCCCAACUUGACGUCCAAUCUCGAGCGCGGGCAAAAGACGAUCAUCGAGCUGUCUGAAAAAGUCAACGCCGUGCAGACGCUGCACCAGGUGAUCCUGUCGUCGGACGAAGGGUCCGAUUUCGCAAGCAAGCCCCGGUUCGGGCUGAUGGAGGUCGUGUACGAGUGGGCCAGAGGCAUGAGCUUCAAGAAUAUCACGAAUCUGACGGACGUGCUGGAGGGCACCAUUGUCAGGACCAUUUCGCGUCUGGAUGAGACGUGUAGGGAGGUGAAGAAUGCGGCGAGAAUCAUUGGUGAUCCGGAGCUGUAUCAGAAGAUGGCGACGACACAGGAGUUGAUCAAGAGGGAUAUCACGGCUGUGGCUAGUUUGUACAUGUGAUUUGAUGAGUUAUGUAUGUAUGUCUGUAUGUAGGGGUUUGUUUAAUUUGGGUGGUUAGUUGAUUGGUUGGUAACUCUUGAAAAGCGAUUGCGUGCGCGCGUAUGGAUGGCAUCACGAGCAUUUUGUAUCUGCUUUUGUGUAAUUUCCGGGCUAGUUCGAGCGUCAAUUAUCAUCAUGAUGGUAUGGGG